CGGGAGGCGGCGCGGAGGCUCCGCGCCUGCGGUGGGGCGCGGUGCGGGCAGCCCCCGAGCCCAGCCCAGCCCAGCCCCGAGCGAUGCCGGCCGCCGCGCCACCGCCGCUGCACCCCGCCGCGGGCUCCUGCUGCCCCUAUGGCCACUGCGCGGGGCGCCAGGCCUUGUUUGACCAUUCGCCACACAACUCGAGCUCAAAAGUAAAAGAGAGGAAGCUACAAGGGACGUGUCCUCCUCUUGGUCGUAGAAGCUAUGGAAAAGCUUGUUUGCACGAAAGCAGUCAGAGGUCCCCGCUUUUUAAUCCCCGCAAUGGUUUUCACACUUUACAUUCAGAGCACAGUCCUGUGAAGCCAAGGAUUAUCACAGUGGUGAAACCUGGUGGCCACACGCUCAGGAGGAUAACCUUGCUUCUCAACAGGAGGUCGGUCCAGACCUUCGAGCAGCUGAUGGCCGACAUUUCAGAGGCUCUGGGAUUUCCACGCUGGAAGAAUGACCGUGUGCGAAAGCUUUACAAUCUGAGAGGCAGAGAAAUCCAAAGUGUUUCUGACUUCUUCAGGGAAGGUGAUGCAUUCAUAGCGAUGGGCAGAGAGCCCCUCACUUUGAAGGACCUGGAAGUGGUGUUACAAGAACUUUACCCUGAAAACCCAUACGCUGCCAGUGCCGUCAUUCAGCAGAAUGAGGAGCAGUCCCAGAAGCUGAUGGGCAGGCUGUAUGACAAGGCUUCCAAAGUGGACAGUGGCUUUGAUGAAACAGAAAUUGCCAAGAACUGCAGCAAUGGCAUGUCUCCCAAACUGGCAGCUGGACAUAAAGGGAAAAGUCAAGCCAAGGCAAAGCAAGAGGAAAAGAUGAGAACAAAAAAGAAGUGGAGUAGGGAGAGCUGGGAUGGAGAGCAAGGGGCGAAGCCUUCUAGGAAGAUCCGAGAAAGCGAGAGGUACUUCAGCCGUGAGAGGAGCCCUGAGGAUGGGUUAGAAGAGAGCUCGGAGGAGGUGGUGAGAUGUGAGAAGUGCGAACAGGAAAGGCAGGCCAGGCAGAAGUUAGAACGGGAAAGGCGGGCUGAGGCCUCAUUAGAGAGCAGAGACCUGACCGCGGGUGCGUGUCAGAGGUACCACAUGGAGAGAAAUGCCAAAAUCAGGAACUGCCGGAAAUCCUCAGAAACCUGUCUGGAAGGUGAGGAAGUUGGUUGGAAGGAUAAUAGCUGUAGGAGGACGUGGAAGCCCCUGCUUAGGAAUGUUAGUGAAGGGCUGGAGAAACAAAAAAGGAGCAUCGAGAAGGAAAGGGAUGUGGAGAAACAUGAAAGCCAUGGGAAGGAAGUAGUGAAAAUCAAGAAGAAUGCUGUAGAAGGGCUGCAGCUAACUCGCGAAGCGAAGGAAGAGAAUGGAAGUAGCUGCAUAAUGAACCAAAGUGGUUGGCUAAAGAAAGACACUCCGAGGGAUGCUGAGAAACCAUCUAAAACACAUAGAGACGGACAAAGAGCUAAAGAGGAGGGUGCCAGAAGAGAGGGGAAUAUCGCAUGUAGAGAGAGUGACCUGACGCGACGAGAGAAAACAGGGGAGCGCAGAGCCAAUAAGGAAGAAAGCAAGGCUCAGGGGUUGGAAGGCACAAGCCGGAGGCAUGCCAUUAAAAACAGAACUGAUGUGGAAAAACACUACGAGAUUGGCAGAACUAUUGGGGAUGGGAACUUUGCAGUGGUGAAGGAAUGUCGCCACUGUGACUCCAACCAGAUCUAUGCCAUGAAAAUCGUUGAUAAAUCCAAGUUGAAGGGGAAAGAGGACAUGAUGGAGAGUGAAAUUCUGAUCAUCAGGAGUCUCUCUCAUCCCAAUAUAGUAAGCUUAAUUGAAGUGUAUGAGACAGAAGCAGAGAUCUACCUAAUCCUAGAGUACGUCCCAGGAGGGGACUUAUUUGAUGCCAUCAUAGAAAGUGUGAAAUUCACAGAGCAUGAUGCUGCUGUCAUGAUCACUGACCUGUGUGAAGCACUGGUUUAUAUCCACAGCAAGAACAUUGUCCACAGGGACCUCAAACCAGAGAAUCUUUUGGUUCAGCAUAAUGCCGAUAAAUCUACUACACUGAAACUAGCGGAUUUUGGCCUUGCAAAGCAGGUGACGAAACCCAUAUUUACUGUGUGUGGAACACCAACGUAUGUUGCCCCUGAAAUCCUUGCUGAGAAGGGCUAUGGGCUGGAAGUAGAUAUGUGGGCAGCUGGUGUGAUCCUUUACAUUCUGCUCUGCGGUUUUCCCCCUUUUCGCAGUCAGGACCGUGACCAAGAGGAGCUGUUCCAGAUCAUACAGCUGGGUCACUAUGAGUUCCUUUCCCCAUACUGGGACAAUAUUUCUGCAGCAGCAAAAGACCUCAUAACCAGGCUGUUGAUAGUGGAUCCCCAGAAGCGCUACACAGCACGCCAAGUACUGCAGCACCCUUGGAUCAGAACAGCUGGGAAAACCAACAGCAGGAAUUUGCAGAAGGAAGUGACCAUAAACAUUGAGCGUCAUUUCCGGGCCCAGCGCCGGAGGGAAGCUGCUGCUGAGGACACCUGAAACCCCUUCAAGCUUCUUUAGUCUUCUUUCUAUCAUUAAGCAAUUAUUUAUGUUUUCUUUUCUAAAUGAAUCGGGCCUUUAGUGUAUAGCUCUUGCUAGCUAUCACCAUGCCUUUGGGGGUUGUGAUUCUGAAGAAGGACAGAGAUUGAUUGCAUCCAUCUCCUUUCAUAUUAUUUGUGAGUCUCUCUAUUGGCAAGUGGAGACUGGAUGUUUCCUGGAGGGUACCUAAUGGUUUUCUUUACUGAUUUGGGCUUUUACAUUACAAAAUGUGUUACCUGUUGUAGAAGACAAAUGUUUGCUUCUGAGGCUGACACUAGUGAUGACUCUUGUCUCUUUUUGUAUGGUAUCUUCCAGGAGUUUUAUGUUUAUAAUGUCGUGUGUUUAUAAUGUUUUCAAACUAGCUGUCUGCAUACACCUCCUGCACUAAUUCUAUCAUCUGUCUCUUCACCAAUUCCUGCUAGCAGUGGAGAAGGUGAAGGAAUAAAAUAGAAGUAAAUCUAUCCUUUAGCUGUAGGAUAUGUUAAACAAGCAGCAAGAUACUAUUUAUUAAGUUGUGAGGGAAGCCUUCUAGAGUAAAUCAGAUGUUUUAAUGAUAUAUCCCUCGGCAACAUCUUUAAUUGGAUGCUCCUGGGACAGGUUAAUAGGUGGUACAGUGUUUCUGCUAAACAAUGGUGGUGCUGUGUAAUGUGGUAGUUUCAUUUGGUUUGGAGAAGAAGUGGGAAGAUCUCUUGACCGAUACCUUCUCGUGACUGUAAUAAUAACUAGCAAAGAGCUUUUCUUUCUGUUCUAGGAAGUCAGAAGUUGAGCAACAUUAAGGGAGCUUUGGUUCUUUUCCCACAGAUGUAUUUAUGGAAUGAUAACCCAUAGAAGGAGCCAUCCUUGUACAUCUGUCGUUGUUCCGUGCUGAGGGAGAAGAGAAAGCUGGGAAGCUGCUUUUGUGACUUAAGUUAACCGUUGCCUUCAUGGUUCCCCUUCCAUCAACACACUUCACAGUUAAAUCACUUUUACAUGCUUUUCCACUGUAGGUUAGCAAUUGUUUGGUUUUUUUUCCCUGUUGUCUUCCCUGGGGACUCUUUCUCCUUACUUCCAUGAGAAUGGGCAAUGGGAUGAAAUGACAUUAAAAUGCAGCUUGGGGAAAAACAACAGCUUGUUGGCUAUGGGAAGGUCUCCCAGGGGAAGUGUCAGAUGCUUCGCUGCAUGUGUUUUUAUAAUGUGAUUUGAUGCAGUUUUAAAGAAAUCCUGUGGGGGUGAAAUUCCAGUCCUGAGAAGGUCCAUGACCUGGAGCAGCGUUUGAGCCUCAGGAUUUUGGGUUAACUAGUCAAAUCCCAAAAGCACUUGAGUUGUCCAUUUGAUAGUGCUUUGUCCAUGAGUUCCAUGUGCUGGCAACUAAUAUUGAUGUUAAAAUAUCAGUAAUAUAAGCAUUGAAUUUGUAGCUUAUAGAAAUAAAUGAGGGUAUUUUCUAUUUGCAGAGCUGCUGCUCUGCCUAGGUAUUUCACACUGGAAGUGUCAGAAGCAUUUUGGAAUCAGUCGAACAUUUUCACACCUGUAUGAACCAGAAUGUUAUUUUUGGGGAGUGCUAAUAACUUGUGUGAACCUUCUGAAUGACCCCAGAGUGUGGGAUACCGUCAUCCUGCCUGUUUCUGUUUCAAUGCGUGGCUGUUUUGCUGCGAGAAUGAUGUGUGAAAGUCGAGACAACUUGGCUCUUAAACAGGAAUUGCACUUUCAGUUGAACUGGCUUAUUUUUAAUACACACUGGACUAAGACUUGCUGUGGAAUUCAAGGAUUUGUGAAACAAACCACUCAAAUCUCUGCUCUCUGGCCAAGUAUGAUGUAUCAUACCUCUGCUUCGGAGGUCCCGAGUCGGGAAUAUUUGCCCUUUUCCUGAAAACAGGAAUAGAUUUAAGUGCUUUUCUGAGUUAAGUCUAUGUGCGACCUAAUAUUCUAAGAGCAUUAAGUGGUCUUGGAGUUCUAGUAAUGACCUCUCUGUUAAGUAUGUUUUGGAUAGGAAACAGUGGGCAAAUAGCCUCUGACUUGCCGCAUUGUAUUUUGUAAUUAUCUUAUUUUUACUAUAUUAACUUAGGAAUAAAGUUUGAAGUGACAAAAAAAGAA